GAUUAUUGAUUAGGUUAUCGACUGCUGAUCUUAUAGGUUAUAACCGUGUUUACGGCGCUCAGAGUAACGUCGGUCCGCUCGUCGCAGCAAUGCUGUAAGAGGUUAGCUAGCUAGCUCGCUUGCAGCUUAGGAGCUAACCCAGCAGGCUGGCGGUGAGGCAGAUGACUGGCUAGCUGGCGAGGCGGAGAGGAGAUGAUGAAGCGCUCGCUCUGAUGGACGGUCGAGUAUCGAGAUGAGUUAUAUAUGUAGUUUUAGCAAUAAGGACACACGGCAGUGUUAUUCGUGUAGCUUUUAGAGGUGGUAAAGAGCGGGGGGGUUAUCCGCCAGCAGUUAGGUAGCGUUGACGGUUCUGCAGCGUUUGUGGCUGUUCCAGCAGCUAGCUGUGCGGAUGUGUGGGUGUGAGGUGCAGCUUUUCAGCCCAGGCAGAAGAACGAGAAACCCGCAACGGCGAGGAGAGGAAGAACAGCUGCUUUCUCGCUUCUGGUGUCCGCAGCGAAGUGUCUGCAGUCGACUGUUUGCUGAGGUCUGAACUGGCCACAUAUUAGCCGUUCGGCUGCUUUGGAUUUAGACAUUAGAGCCUCGAGACACACUGGACCAAAGACAGCACUGAUGUAGAGAAUCCUCUGACCUGUCCAUCUCACCCUCUACCUCAAACCCCAAGAAAGAGAAAGACCUAAUUUUCUUCGCUUACUGAGAUAAAGACUGGAACUACCUUCAGGCGACUGUCUAAGCACUAAUGACUCCUGUAGAAGAGUAAGAGGAUGGAAAAGAAUUACAUCUUCGUUCUCUAAAUUCUCUUGCACAUUCCCUUAAGAACUGUUAAAAGAAGCAUCCACAUUCAUAAAUCCUGUAAUUAAUUAAUUGUUUUUUUGUUUUUUUUUUUUCAUAUUCAUCCCAUCUUGCUGGGUUAGAACUUUUUCUUUCUUUGCUCCUUGCUGUAUUUGUUACUUUUGUUGUUGUUGUUGCGUCCGGUUGAGCCGGCGGUUAUAUGAGUUUUUGAAGCUGGGGUGCGACUCAUGGGCUGCGAUGAUGUCGGAGGCAGGAGUUUGCCGUCCGGUGAACACGGAGUACGCCGUUUCUGUGCUGGAGCAGCUCAAGUUCUUUUAUGAGCAGAAGUUACUGACGGACAUCACCUUGCUGGUGGAGGACAGCGAGUUCCCCUGCCAUAAGAUGAUCCUGGCCACAUGCAGCUCCUAUUUCAGGGCCAUGUUUAUGAGUGGACUGAGUGAAAGUAAACAGUCGCAUGUUCAUUUGAGAAACGUGGAUCCAGUCACCUUGCAGACAAUCAUCACCUACGCCUAUACGGGCCAUUUGGCCAUCAAUGACAGUACUGUGGAGCCUCUCUACGAAACGGCCUGCUUUCUACAGGUUGAAGAUGUGUUGCUGCAGUGUCGCGAUUAUUUAGUGAAGAAAAUCACAGCGGAUAACUGCGUGCGGAUGCUGAGCAUUGGUGACCUAUUCAGCUGCAAUGAGCUGAAGCAAAGUGCAAAGCGGAUGGUGGAGCACAAGUUUCCGGUUGUGUACCGUCAGGAGGCCUUUCUGCAGCUGUCUCAUGAGCUGUUGCUGGACCUGCUCAGCAGUGACAACCUGAAUGUGGAGAAAGAGGAGACGGUGCGGGAGGCAGCCAUGCUGUGGCUGGAGUACAACAUGGAGGCCCGCUCACAAUACCUGUCAUCUGUCCUCAGCCAGAUUCGAAUUGACGCGCUUUCUGAAGUCACCCAGCGUGCCUGGUUCCAGGGCCUUCCUCCUAAUGAUAAAUCAGUGGUGGUGCAAGGCCUCUAUAAGUCCAUGCCCAAGUUUUUCAAGCCUAGGCUGGGUAUGACCAAGGAAGAGAUGUUGAUUUUUGUGGAGGCAGAGUCUCCUGGAGACAGCCAGCCAAUGGUGGUCGGUCCUCGUCACACCGUGGUGUGUUAUAGUCCGCAGGCUGAGAAGGUCUACAAACUCAGCAGUCCACCUGGAGACCUGCAGAAAGUCGGUACUUUGGUCACGCCAGAUAACGAUGUUUUUAUUGCUGGUGGACAGGUACCACUUAAAAGUGCAUUGGCCAGCCAUGGCAGCAAAAGUGGCAAGCUUCAGGCCGCUUACUGCUCAGUGGACAGCUUCUACUGGCUGGAUGCCCAGCAGAAUGCCUGGGUGGCCAAAACGCCCAUGCUCUGUGCCCGCACCAAGCCUUCCUUGGUCUAUUGCCAGGGAUUUAUUUACGCAAUUGGAGGCGAUAAUGUAGGCGGAGAGCUUAAUAAGCGUACGGUUGAGCGCUAUGACUGUGAGCGAGAUGAAUGGAGCAUGACUAGCCCACUGCCCUGCGCCUGGAGCUGGAGCACAGCUGUGGCUGCCCGAGACUGCGUCUACGUCAUGAGCCAUGACCUCAUGUACUGCUAUUUCCCUCACGCUGACACGUGGGUGGAAAUGGCCAUGAGGCAGACCAGCCGCUGCUUCGCUUCAGCGGCUGCGCUAGGUGACCUCAUCUUCUACAUCGGUGGACUCCACGUAGUGGGGAACUCCAGUUUGCGGCUGCCCACCAGCACUAUUGAUGGUUCCUCUGUUACCGUGGAGAUUUACGACGUUAAUAAGAACGAAUGGCGGAUGGCUGCUAACAUCCCAGCUAAGCGCUACUCCGACCCUUGCGUGCGCGCUGUGGUUUUGCUAAAUACGUUAUGCAUCUUCAUGCGCGAAACUCACCUUAACGAGCGUGCAAAGUAUGCUCUCUAUCAGUACGACCUGGAGCUGGACCGGUGGUGCCUGCGACAGCCUGUGUCCGAGCGCGUGCUGUGGGACCUGGGCAAGGACUUCCGCUGCACUGUGGGAAAACUGUACCCCUCCUGCCUGGAGGAGUCUCCAUGGAAACCGCCCACCUACCUCUUUUCCCCCGAUGGAGCGGAGGAGUUUGAAGUGGACAGGGACAGAGACAUGGUGGCACUGCCGCAUGUAUAGCUUUAGAGCUCAUAGCAUCCUUCCCCUUAUCCCAGGGGUGUCCAAUUCCAGAAUGUAAGGGCCUAAGUCCUCCACAGUUCAGUCAUUUCUGUUCAGACACACCAGAUUAAACCUGGUUAUCAAAGGAAUACGACCCGUUUCCCUGUAGUUUAAAAACAUGAAAUGUUAUUUCAAAACUCACUUAAUAGAAGCCACUGGACAGUUGCUGAAUUGUCAGUUAAUGAGACAUGAAACACGUUUUGUGCAUUUUUCAAGGAUGGCUAAAAAGAUGAGCUGUAAAUCAGUGUUUUGGUUCUUGCAGAGUUGAAACUGAUGUCCCAAAGGAAGAAUUUGUGGUCAGUUGUUACUGGUGUAGUGGUCUGGACAGAGUUUUCACAGGCUCUACCCAAUCAUUAAUACCAGUGAUUGCCCUAAGGAAAGCGAAAGGGAACCUUUUUAUUUUAACUGUGCUUUUUCAGUGUUGGAAAGUUAGAUAAAACCUCAUAAGAACAGUUUAGUAACAGUUUAGUCUGCCCUAUCCUAACACCUGUUUGAAUUAAAAAAUGUUUUUUGUGGAUUUCAGCAGCUGUCCGUUAGCUUUUAUUGUCAGUGCAUUUUCAAUUAGUGGGUUUUGUUAUUUUCUAAUUCAGUUAAUCCGUUGCAUUAUAGCAGGGAAAGCAUUAAAUCAUGCUGGACAGCGGCCCUACAGGACUGAAGUGGACACUCCUGUAUUAGCUUAUCUGCUUAUCAUGAACUUUUUUAAUUGUCUGACUUCAGUUGACUUCCUGUAGGAGUUUCUGGAUGGUUCUGAGAGGAAAAAAGGGUAGGAGCCAUUCUGGACAGCCAGGGUGUCAAUAUAGGUCGGACUUGCAUUUGGAAUUUCAAGACUUUACUGUGGAAAACGGGGUGAUUUUUAUUUGUUUCCUCCCUUUAACCCGCCCUUCCCGUCCCUGGAGUCACCACUCAUAGCUUAUAGCAUAUCCAUUAUACGCCUCAAAACAGCAGUGGUGAUGAUGAUGAUGAUGAUGAUGAUGAUGAUGAUGAUGAUGAUCCCUCAAAAGACUAGCAUAAAGGGUUUUUUGUUGUUGUUUUUGUCUGUUAGACAUUAUUACAGGUUUGACAUGCUGUUUGAACAAUGUGAUAAUGUAAAGAGAUUAUGAUUUUCAUUGUGGAUGACGAUGCACUUAGAGGUAAACCUCCUACAAACUGACAUUAGCUAUAGACCUCAGAGAUUGCACAUCACUUUUUAGUCGAUGACCUGCCCAAAUAAGGAACUCUGACUCUAAGCUGAUUUUUUUGUGGAACAACGAAUGGAAGUUUUGAAAAUUUUUCAAUUGCACUCUGUGGUAAAUAGAAAGAUUCUACAGCUGAUGCAUUUGUCCCGUAAGUCACUUGCUGUCUAGAUGAGAGAGCAGGGAUUAGGCCUAGCACAGGGAAGCGCUUGUUGGGUCUAACGCUACUUCUGUCUAAUUCACUCUGGCACUGCGUGACGUGAGGUACUUGUGAGAGAUCGGAUUCGAAGUUGCACCUCCUAACGUUCAUCCUGGAAACUCGUACUGUAAUAUGAUUUAAUGUGGUUUGUUACAGGGUUGCUGAUAUUGGACUGAUGCUGAUACCCAUUGAUGAUACGCCAGCUCUUGUCUUAUGAUUUUAAUUCAGUGUAGUAUAAUAGUUUUCUCAUUUCAGCUUGUUAAUGACCUCAUAAUUCUGAGAGUCCAGUGAUAUUUGGGGAACGGCAAUAAAGUACACAGCGGUAUUUCAAAUUUAUUUAUUAUUUUACAUCCUAACGGCUAAAAAAAACACAUUGCACAUACUGUAGAGGGGCUCACCAAUUUAAAAAAGGGGGGGGGUCAGUGAUGUCAGCGAUGGCUAAGAGCUGUACACGCCACAGAAGACAUUCAACCUCAUUUCGACUCCAGCACCCCUCAGCUUAUCCGAUAUCCUCUGAACGGGUGUUUAGUUAGCCGAACGCAAGGCGUGUGGUGUGUGUGGCACAUUUGGCCUGCUAACUGAGCUAUCGUUAGCACGGCUAAAACGCUACAACCCCAGACAUCGAGUCUUGGUUCGAGUUUGACCGGUCACUUGACUUUUUUGCUCUCUCAAACAUUCGUUUUUAUCAUGUACACUUGUUUCAGAAGAGCACCAGUUAGUCAGAAUAGAACUACUGUGGAGUGUGGCACUGUCUGGGUCUGUUGCCUGCUAGCUAAGCGAGCAUUAAGCGAGCUAGCGAAGCAGGCUACACAUCCAACUACAUUGGAACAGGUUCUCCCUUCUGAC